CGGCGCAUCCUCGCUCUGGAAGGUGAGAAGCGGCGGCUGGCGACCGAGGCGGCUCAGACGAUCGAGCGGCUGCGGGCGUCACUCCGAGCGUCCGAGGCGCACCGCAAGCUGCUCGAGGCUGGGGGUGGCCAGUCCGCCUCACAUCGAGACGACGAGUGGGCGUCCUUGCGAGAGUCGCGAGACGCUGAGGCGGCCGCUGCCCGGCUGCUGCAACAGCAGCUCGACUCGCUGUCGUCAGCCGCGCAGAGCAGCGCCGCAGCUGAGCAGAGCAGCGCCGCCGAAGCGCAGAGGCUCAAGGAGGAGAAGUGGCAGCUGGAGCAAGCAAAGCAGCGGCUGGAGCAGCAGAUGUCGCAGUUGGAGCAGCAGGCGUUGGGGCGGGAGUCGGUGGCGCAGCAGCAGCAGCAGCGGCAGUGGCAGCAGCAGGAGAUGGAGGCGCGGCUCGCGGCGGAGACGGCGGAGAGGGCGAGGCUUGCGGCAGAGGCGGAGCGGCUCGCCGCGGACAAGGCGUCCCUCGAGGGCAAGCUGUCUGCCCUCGAGGCCGCCGCGGCAGCUGCCUCUACCUCGGCCUCCGCCACCUCGGCCUCCUCCGCGGCGGUGGUGGCGCAGCAGGAGCAGCAGCUGGCGCAGCAGGAGCAGAAGCUGGCGCAGCAGGCAGACGAGUGGGGGGUCGCGAAGGCGCGGGCGGUGGCGCAGCUUCGGCAGCUGCAGGCCGAGAAGCAGCAGCUGGCGGGCGAGAAGGCGGACCUGCUCGCUGCGCGCGACCGCGAAGCGCGGCGCGCCGACGCGUCCGAGGCGCGUGUGGAGCUGCUCGAGGGCAGGCUGGCCGACCUCGAGGCGGCCGCACGCGCAGACGCAGCCAUUCGCCGCGCCGAGGCCGAGCAGCUCCGCACCCAGCGGCUGCCGGACCCGGCCGGCCCUCUCCCGUGCGCCACUGAGGCGUUGCGCGCAGAAAGCGAUGCAGAGGAGGCGCAGAGGGCGGCGGAGGAGGCGCGAAGGGCGGCGGAGGAGGCGCGGAGGGCGGCGGAGGAGGCGCAUCACGCCCGCGAGUCGGCGCUGGAGGAAGAGGUGGCGACGCUCUGCCGAGACAAGGAGGCGCUGGCCAGCGAGAAGGAGCGGCUGGCGGCGUUGCUGGCGAGGGCGGAGGCGUGCAUCGGGGAGGCGGCGCCGCCGACAGACGUGGCGUGUGAUCGCUGCCCCGAGCUGCAGGCGGCGGCAGAGGAGCGGCUGGCUCCGAGCUGGCCGCGCUGA